CUUCCGUCUAUUGCCGCAGUUGGCGUCAAGUCGAAGGUCUCCAUUUCACUAUGAUGUCCGUUCGCGUCGGCAUUCCUCAAACCUUGAAAAGAGCGGCGUUGUCUUCAAAACACACCCGCAACAUUGCCCUGCAAUCUGCGCUCGUUAGGCGAGGCAUUCAUACGGAGUCUCUUCCGCCGUCAGCCUCGCAGGAAAUUCUGAACCAGCAGCGGCUCAAGCGACCAUCAAGCCCUCACUUUACCAUUUAUCAGCCACAAUUAACAUGGCUUUCCUCCAUAGCCAACCGUGCCACUGGUGGUGCUCUUAGCGCAUUGCUCUACGGUUUUUCUUUGGCGUACCUCUUCGCACCUGGCACGUUUGAUAGCACGCAUAUAGUCGAGCUCAUUGUGGGGUUACCUGAAUAUGCGAAGUAUGCGGGUAAAUUCAUCCUGGCUGCACCUUUCGCCUUCCACUCUUUAAACGGUCUCCGACAUCUCGCAUGGGAUAUGGGAAAGGUCUUGACUCUGAAGUCGGCAUACAGGGCGGGCUACGCAGUGCUCGGGGCCGCAGCUGUUUCGACGAUUGCUCUAGUACUCAUGUAAAAUAUAGGUUUUACUUUAUUGGUGCGAUCAUCCUUAGUAGUAGAGCUGUGAUUUCGACGGCGGCGUACGCUCCUACAGUACUAUCGGAAACAAUGGAAUGGAUCUGCUAAGCACGCUAGAAGACGGCCGCGAUGACGGUGUUUAGAUGCAGAUCAUAUAUAGUUGUUAUCUGUCGUGUGCUUUGACCCGUUGACCGUC